AUGGAGUAUUUUGAACAAGAAGCACGACAGAUGAUGGCUGGGAUCGUUGGAGGUGUGGAGGAGGAGGAGGUUGGCGGUUUUUGGGACUGCCGUAGUUUAUGCGCGAGGGUUUGGGUAGGUGUGGAUGAUCCAUUGGUACCAGAAGCAUUGGGGUUGAGAAUCAAUGAAGAUGAUAGUUUUAGACUAUACACAGCGGCUAUUUGGGCUCACCGACAUAUGUCGGAAGUCAGGUUCACAUGGAUCCCAGAGAGCUAUGUCCAAGAAUUCCAAUGUAGGUUUACGGAGAAUUGGGUUGGAUUGAUUGCAAAUGGUUUUCGUUAUCAACUUCUGGAGGGAAGGGAUUUGCCGUGGCAAAUUGAUAACACCUGGGGAAGGAGUGAUGGAGACCGGGGAGGCGGUAGAUGUGGAGGAAUGCGUACUAGGGAACUAACGACAGAGGAUCCACCAGUUAAUUUGCCAUCACCGUCAAACUUCCCAGUGGAUCUGGAUAGAGUGGAGGAAAUUCCCUGGGAGACAAGACCGAGGAUCUAUGAGGAGGAUGGAGAGGUGAAGGAGGAGGAGCUUAUCAAUGUUAAUGGUCAAACGCAAGCUCUCCGCCCGGGUCCGCCAUCGUGGGACGGAUUCUUCACAACUGACAACCAGAAGGAACUACCGGAGUGGUGGGAACCAGACUUUUUCAUUUUAGCCAAAAGAUGGGUGCUAGACAACGGUGGAGAAGAAAAUGGGGAAUUAAAUGCGGGAUGUCAGGAAAUUAUUGAUGGGGGAAAGAAAGUUCAAAUUUUAGGUGAAGUGUUUAAAUGCGGUUUAGAUAUGAAUGACCCUAUGAAAAAUUGUGGCUUAAGGGGAUUUGAUUUGAUGGAACCAUUCACGGAAGAAGCAAAAGAGGAGGAGGUGAUGGGGCAAAAUGACGAUAAUUCAAUGGAGGAUAAUGAUGAAGAUGAAGAUAUGGAGGAUCUUCUAGGUCUGGCGUAUAGGGUGUGGAAUGAUGGCCAGGCUGGAAAUAGAGGGGGCGAAAAUUAA